GCGGAGGAAUAUUUGUUCCUUCCAGUGGGCUAUGGCGUGAUCGAAGGGCGCGAUUGCGGCAAGGCGCGUGGUGCCAGGAAUUCGAGGCGCUGAGCCGGUCGACGCGAGAGUUUCCGAAAUCGCGAGGGCGCGAUCGAUCUGGGAGCUCAUCGGAAUGGCGAAUGAGGUGCUGGAGGAGCUCGCGCAGAUAUUCCGAGCUGCCAGCAAGAAGAUGUCAGCUCUAGUCUCCUUUCUCAUGCAUCACAAGGAUGCUAGCUCCAUCGGGGCAAUCGCAGGGUUUGCCAUAGCUCUGGUGUGUACCUGGAGGUACAUGAGAAGCUCCAAUCCAGUUCGUCGUCCCAAGCCCACCGCCAAAGUGGAGGCUCCCUCCUCGUCCUCUUCGGACUCCACCUCUGGCAGCUCCACUGCGAUUGAGUCCCGUGGAUCACAAGCCAGGCAGCGUGGAGUGGCCAUCCAGGAGGCUCCUUUAUCAAAGCUCACUUUGGCUCAGUCGGUGAAGCGUCAGCUCAAAGGUGGACGAAAGGUGACUUGCCAACUACUUGGAGUGGUGCUUCAGGAAAAUUCGACUGCUGAUCUCGAGAAUCAUGCUGUGGUGCGACCAGCGGCAGCUGACGUUCUCCUAGAACUGGCCCAGUGCUGUGAUCUCUACCUGAUGUCCAGAGUUAACGAUGAUGCAAGCGAGGAAGCAAUACUCGCCGCGUUGGAUCAGAUCGGCCUGUUCAGCAAAGCAAACUUCAACCGUAACAAGGUACUCUUUUGCAGUUCCGAGGCUGGGAGGUGCUCCUUCGUGAGGCAACUCGAGCCUGACUGGCACAUCGAUACGUCGGUAGACAUUGUUAAUCAGCUGGCUCGGUACAUACACCACGAGCUCCUCAUAUCUCCAGCACCCUUGGGAUCCAUGCCGUCCAACGUUCUUGAAACGAACACCCUGGAGAGCUACUUCGACUGUCGCUGAUUCUGGUAUAUCCUAGUAAAUAAACAGUUCUUUGAGGUAUAGAGCGUUGUAUUUUGAGACUUCCAAUAAGAGCAGAAGCAGGGUUUUUCCUUUGCAGCU